AUGAAUUUGUGCUGGCAGCCGAUCCAUGAAGAAAAGCAGUGGCACAGAGAUCGAUCGCAAGAGAUUUUGAACUUUGGUCAUGUCCAUCUCGGCAAGGCCACUCCGAGAUCGUCUAAACUAUGGAAGAAGCUGCAAGCUCAUCCUGUUGGAGGCAAUUGCGAGGUGCACCUCCAUGCUUGCUUUCAUCGACACGACCUGCUCGGAUGGUCACCUUUAUACAAAAGAGAAGCGGAUCAAUCGCUUUGCUGCUGUCGCUACUGUCGAGUAAGAAGCGAUGAAUUUUGUUUUCGAUGCUGCAUUCUCAAUUUUACCAAGCUCUCCUCCAUCCAUGAGAAAGACAACGAAAUUUCCUUUUCUUUGAUGCUGCGUCUUCAAUUAUUUGAAGUUCUCAUUCACCGAAGAGAAGGACAACCAAAUUCAAUAUUCCAACUUCCAAAUUUUGCUGGAUGUCAACGAAUUUCCAGGAUUUAG